CUGCGCCUCGCCGGCCCGGAGCGAUGUUGCACGUGGAGAUGUUGACGCUGCUCUUUCUGGCGCUCUGGCUGUGCGGCCUCUGCCAGGAUCCCGGCUCCAAGGCGGUCGCCGAUCGCUACGCCGUCUACUGGAACAGCACCAACCCCAGAUUCCAGCGGGGUGACUACCACAUCGAUGUCUGCAUAAAUGACUAUUUGGAUGUAUUCUGCCCUCAUUACGAGGAUUCAGUGCCAGAAGAUAAGACUGAGCGCUACAUACUUUACAUGGUGAACUUUGAUGGCUACAGUUCCUGUGAUCAUACCUCCAAAGGAUUCAAGAGGUGGGAGUGCAAUCGGCCUCACUCUCCAAAUGGACCAUUAAAGUUCUCAGAAAAAUUCCAGCUCUUCACUCCCUUCUCAUUAGGAUUUGAAUUCAGGCCAGGCCGGGAAUAUUUCUACAUCUCAUCUGCAAUACCUGAUAAUGGGAGAAGGUCCUGUCUAAAGCUUAAAGUCUUUGUACGACCUGCAAACAACUGUAUGAAAACUAUAGGUGUUCAUGAUCGUGUUUUCGAUGUUAACGACAAAGUAGAAAAUUCAUUAGAACCAGCAGAUGAUACUGUACAUGAGUCGGCUGAGCCAUCCCGUGGUGAGAAUGCAGCACAGACACCAAGGAUAUCCAGUUGGCUUUUGGCAACCCUGCUGUUUCUUCUGGCAAUGCUUUUGACGUUAUAGCACAUAUUCUAGUAACCUGUCACAGACAACAUCAGGGUCUUGGAACAUCAAAGAUCCCCUUAACUGUUCAUCCCAAGAAAGGGACUUUAUAUAGGUUUUGCAGAUGUUCAUUUGUUUCCUUCUCCCCAGCCCCACCACUUCCCUCUCUGCAACCUGAACUAUGAACAAUACUUGAAGAGGAAUAAUUAGUCCUCUUCCCACUACCAAACUUUCCCAUGGCUUUCCCUGAUCCCUUCUGAAAUAAAAAGGACUCCAAAUGAAAAUGCCAAAUUUCAGUAUUGACACUAGUGAUUCUUACUUUCCUCUGCAGUCUCUCUUAAGAUACCACCUCUGUUAGCUCGCUAUAUCAUCUGUAUAUGGACAAGGAAGAAUAGUGGCAGAUGCAGUCAGUUGGAGGAUAAGGAAGUUGUGUGGAAAAACCAAGAGGAGUUUUGACUCUCCGAUACAAUAUUUAUGGCUCCUUAUUCAGCACUGUAAAGAUCAUCGUACAAGGCACUGUGUCAUCAUGUCAGGACUGGAGGGGAAAUAUUGAGAAUAGAUAGAGUAUAACACCA